AUGGCAGGCUCGGACAAGAAAAAGAAGGGCGGCAAGUCCAAACGCGAAGCCGGCCCAGUGAUCACGGAUCCUCGGUUUGAGAACAUUCAAACCGAUCCUCGUUAUCGUCUUCCCAGCAAACGCCAGACUCAUGUCAAGCUCGAUAAGCGCUUCAAACACAUGCUUGACGAUAAGGAUUUCUCUCGCAAUGCUGCCGUUGACCGCUACGGACGAAAGCUUAAAAAGGAUGACACAAAGGAAAAGCUGAAGAAGUUCUACCAAGUGGACGAGGAUGAUGAGGACGAUGAGGAUGAGGACGAUGAGGCCGACGAUGACGAAGAAGUCCAGAAGGAAUUGAAACGUAUCAAUAUGGAAAGCGGCUCAUAUGAUCCCGCACGUGAUGGUGGCUUCGAGUCCUCCUCAUCCGAGGAAAGCUCCAGUGAGGAGGAAAAUGAGGUCGAGGAUGAUGAAGAUGAAGAGGCACAGUUCCCGGACAAGGAGCAGUCUGAUGUACCAAUCGGAGAAGUGACGAAUCGCAUAGCGGUGGUCAAUCUUGAUUGGGACAACAUCCGUGCCGAAGAUUUGAUGGCCGUCUUCUCCAGCUUUGUCCCGACUGGCGGGCGAGUGUUGAACGUCGCAGUCUACCCCAGUGAAUUUGGCAAGGAGCGCAUGGAGAGGGAAGAGGUCGAAGGGCCCCCCAAGGAGAUCUUUGCAUCUAGCAAGAAGAACAACAAGAGCGAUGAUUCUGAAGAAGAGGAAAUCGAUUCUGACGAGGAAGAGGAAGAAAUUAAGAACUCGAUGAUGAAGGGCGAUGAUGGCGAGGAAUUCAACUCUACGCAACUACGACGCUACCAGAUUGAUCGUCUGCGCUACUACUAUGCCAUUAUCAAGUUUUCAUCAAAGGACGUUGCAAAGCAUGUCUACGAUUUGGUGGAUGGUGCCGAAUACCUUUCCAGUGCCAACUUCUUCGAUCUCCGCUUCGUUCCCGAUGAUACGGACUUCUCCGACGACAAGUCCCGCGACGAGUGCCACCGCAUCCCCGAUGCCUACAAGCCCACUGAAUUCGUCACCGACGCUCUCCAGCACAGCAAAGUUAAAUUGACGUGGGACGCAGACGACAAAUCAAGAAAAGAGGCUCAGGCACGUGCUUUCCGAGGAUCGCAUGCGGACAUUGACGAGAACGAUCUGAAAGCCUACCUCGGCAGCGAUAGUUCCGAGGAUGAGAGUGAAGAUGACGAGGAUGGUGGAGUGGAAGUGGUCGACACCACUGGAGGAGAACCUUCGACUACGAAGCUAUCGAAGAAAGAAGCCGAGAGACAGCGCAUGCGAGCAAUGCUCGGACUAAGUGCGGAACCAACCCGCUCCAAGCCGGAUGCGCCCGUCGGUGAGAUGGAGGUUACAUUCACAUCGGGAUUGGCUGGCGGCCAUGGAAAGGAUACCAUCUUCGAGAACGAACCAGAAAUCGAAGAGACCACCGUCGAAAAGUACGUUCGGAAGGAGCGCGAGCGCAAGAAGCGCCGAAAGGAGAAGCUCAAGGCUUCCAAGCGUGGCGAGGAGGAGCAGUCUGCCAACGAAAAUGCUGCAGACAGCGAAGACAACGAAGGUGGUUCUGCCGAGGUACCGCAACAGGAAGAAGCAGAUGCUGGGUUCAACGACCCCUUCUUCGAAGACCCCGAUGGGAAGGCUACGGCUGUUUCUCGGCGCAAGGAAGAGAGGCGCAAGAAGCGCGAGGAACGUGCUGCUGAGGAAGCCGCAUCAGCUGCUCAGCGGGCUGAGUUGGAGUUGCUGAUGGUGGACGACGAAAAAGCCAACAUCAAACACUUCGACAUGAACGAGAUCGAAAAGGCCGAGAAACAGGCUCGGAAGAAGGGCAAGGGCAAGAAGGGCAAGAAGCUGGAAGCUGCACCAGCUGAUGACUUCAAUGUCGAUGUCAGCGAUCCCCGUUUCUCACGCUUGUACGACAGUCAUGAUUUCGCCAUUGAUCCUACCAACCCACGGUUCAAGUCGACUUCUGGCAUGAAGGCUCUUCUGGAUGAGGGCCGUAAGCGCCGACGCACAGGCGAUGACGCCGAGACCGAGGCACCCGUUGAGCGUCAUGAAACUAAGAAGAAGCAGAAGAAGGCUUCUAAGGAGUCCAACUCGGAGGAACUGAAGCGCCUGGUGGACAAGGUCAAACGUUCUCACUGA